AUGACUGUACAUCAUCAUUCACCAUCAUCAUUAUCGAGUAGUAGUGGAGGCUCAUCCCAACAGCCUAGUGCUACUCUGCCCAUUGUUACUGUAACAACCUCAACUCAGAUUAUUCCCAAACACAGAACAUCUCCUCUUCUCGUUUCCACUACAAGUUCAUUGGAUGGUGGAGCAUCAUCAUCGACGAUAUCGCCCAUUGGCGAGCAACAUCAUCACGCCUCUACAUCUUCUUCAGUGCAUCACACAAUACAUGAAUCUCCUUCUCCAUCAUCUUUCUUUUUCGUCCUUUGUUUUUGUUAUUCCUUCUUUUGUUCCGGGUUGGCUAUCAGCAUGAUUGGCCCACUAUUGCCGUCCUUUGUUUAUCAGAUUAAUAUGUCUCUGUACAGAGAAGGUGAAAAAGCAAAUGUUUCUCUUGAAGAUUUAGGAGUAUUAUUUCCAAGUAGAGGUCUAGGUACAAUGCUCGGAAGUUUGCUUGGAGGUUUUCUCAUCAAUUACACAACCAAGACAUGGUCAAGACAACAACAUGUGUUACCUUUAGUAUUUACAUUAAUUGGAGCAAUUUUAAUGUUUAUUGCAGAAGUAAUUGUCUUGAUUGCAGCACAACCGCGAGUAUUUGCUAUUGUUUAUUUCGUUGUUGGGUUUUCCCAUGGACUAAUUAAUGUGAGCUCGAGUAGCCAUAUCUUAAACAAAUUCCCUAAAGAAAAGGUGACAUUUUACCUUCAAUUAUUGAACGCAACAUUCGGCCUUGGCGCCGUCUUUGGCCCUUUCAUAUGUGCCUUGACCAAAAAAUAUUAUUCAAAAUCAAUCAGUACUAAUGUUUUGGCUGUAGCCAUUCUUUCAGAAAGUUCCACAACCAAAGCAAUUUUAGUUUUGCUUUUUUUAAUAUUUGUCUCUAUUGUGAUGUAUAUUAUUGAAAUUAGGAGAACAAAACCAAUUUCCCUAACCUCUCAUCAAAAAGAAUCAACAGGUGUGAGCAGUAUGAGUUGGAGAAGCAUCAAAAUCAUCUUAUUAGUUUGCUUGGGAAUUAUUUGUGUCACAGGCUGUGAACAUGGAGUUGGUGGCACACUCUAUUCUUACAUACAUACCAAACGUUUAACUACAGAAUCUGAAGCAAGCCUUAUCAACUCUUCGUUCUGGUUGUCAUUCACUGUUGGACGAAUUUUGAGUAUUUUCCUUUCAUACCACAUGAAAUCAUCCUCCAUUCUCACUAUGGACGUCGUUGGAUCUUUACUUAGCUCUAUCGUUUUCUUGAUAUUUUCAAGCAAUGUUCCUUCAAUUUGGGUGGCUACAAUUAUACUUGGACUUUCUUUGUCGUCACAGUAUCCAACUCUAUUAUCAUUUCCAUCCUCACAUUUAGACGUAAAGGUGUCGAGUAUUGUGACAUCAUUAUUCAUUGUUUGUGGUGGUGUUGGAUCCAUGGUACUUCCUUAUGUCAUGAUUUCCUUAUUUAAAUCGAAUGGACCUGAGAGCAUGUUUUAUGUUUUGCUUGUCACAUUUUUAUGUGUUGCAUUUGUGUACUCAUACUUAAUACUCGGAUUCAAGAAGAAGCAUAUAGAUCCCUAUAUCACUGGAAUUAUCGGAGGAGAAAUGAACAUUGAGAAUGAUCUAAUGUCCGAAGAAAAGAAAUUGAAACGAAGGAAAUAA